UUUACCUAUAUCAUCACAUCAUCCAUCUAAGUACCUUAUUCUCUAUUGCCAUUCUAAAAUCAAAACACACACUUGUCUUGGAUUAGUUUCAUUCCUUUCCCUCCAAGAAGUUAAUCAAUUAAUGGCGUCUAGCUCAAUGCAAUCUUCGUCAUCGUGGAGUGCUAAGGACAACAAAGCCUUUGAGAGGGCUCUGGCUGUUUACGACAAGGACACCCCUGACCGAUGGUACAACAUUGCCCGCGCCGUCGGCGGGAAAACCCCGGAGGAUGUGAAGCGGCACUAUGAGCGUCUUGUUCAUGACGUUAGGCACAUUGAGUCAGGGCAAGUGCCAUACCCAAAUUACAAGAAGAGUGGAGGUUCUAAUUAGGAGAAAAAAGGCAGAGAGAAACCUGAUGCUCCGUUCCAUUCAUUAAUUGGCAUAAGAAACAAAGAAAUUCAGAAUCUCACUAUUAUCCAACUACUCUAGAAUCCAUAGUAUUAUAACUUGUUUUUAUGAAGAAUAACAUGUAGUGCUAUUAUUGUACGUAGCGUUGGAUUAUUAUGUUAAUUAGUCAUCAAAAUCAUUUAUACUCAUGAGUUAUAUAGGAAUGAACUGCAGUUUUUGCGCAAA